AGCUGUUUUUUUACAGCAGGACUCACAGCAUUACAUCAUCCUCAGAAACCUCCAGAAGACCCCUGAAAGAAAGGUGAUGGAGGAUGCAUGCCAAGAUACAGCCAGAAAACCAAGUCUAAAGAAAUCUGAGCUUUUUUUGUUGGAGCAAAAUGCAGUACCAGAAAAUCUGCCACCGCCAACAGAUAAAUACAAAUUGAAGUAUCAGCAGUAUGAAUCUGAAAUGAAAGAGGAAUAUAAACAUUACUCUCAAAGAGUUGCAGAAAAGAAAGCUCAUAAAAUCCAGACUUCUGAACCUCCUGGAAAAACAGAUGAGAAAAAGGAUUUACAGCUUGAAGGUAAAACAGAUGAUGAAUUGACAGUUCUUGAUGAGAAGGCACUUCUACAACAGUGCUAUGCAAGUAAACCGUACACAGUACAGCACAGUAUAAGAAAACUGGAAGCUGAAGAUGUAGCAGCAGAGAGGAAAAAGCAAACAGUAGUGGAACAAGUGAUGAUAGAUCAAUUAUCUAGAGCAGUGAUAAGUGACCCUGAGCAAAAUGGAAAGGCAGAUGCUUUUGAGAAUGAUUCUGUUCUUCCAGGAUUAAAUACAGCACCUCUUCGCUUUAGGAAAAGAACAUUGCAUGAAACAAAAAUAAAGACUAGGUCAGCAUUAACUGAAAAUGUGCUUUCCAAUAAAUUACGCUUUGAUGGUAGAUUAAUAUCAAGAAAUGGGCGUGAUGCUUGUCGAGAACUAAUUGGAUUUUACUUUGCAUAUGACAAAUCUCUGACUGUAUAUGAAUAUCGACAGUUUGGUAAAAACAGAACAAAUGCUUUACCUUUUAUUCAGAAAGGAAUUUAUAGUCAUCAGCGGGGACAAAAGAAAGGAAAACAAUACUGCCUUAGUGACUUCUGUGUUGGCGCAGACCUAACUUUUUUGAGCCUUCAGCAUCCUAGCCUUCCAGAAAGUAUUAAACAGAAGCCAGUAUUUACAAUCCGUGUCACAAAUAUUGAUGAAACUGCUAGAGCUUUUCUCAAGACUUCUGGUAUGGAAAAUGAGGAACAUCCUAUCAAGCAGGAAAGUGAUUGCAGGAGUAUUUUUAGGACUGUUCAAGGUAGGCUAAGAGAAAAACUAAGUAAGAGAGGAGUUCGUGUUGUUACAGGAUUAGGAAAGUACUUCCGAGAGUUAGACAGAAAACAUAAUGGAGUUCUUUCAAAAACAGACUUCAAGCAAGCAUUGAAAAUGUUUCAUUUAGAAGUUCCUGAAGAGGAUUUUGAAUCUCUGUGGUCAAUACUGGAUGACAACAAUAAUGGUAACAUUGAUUAUACUGACUUUACUCGUGCCAUUCUUGGAGAAAUGAAUGAAUAUAGGAAAGCAUUUGUCAGAAAAGCUUAUAUGAAGCUGGAUUACAACAAAACUGGCAGUGUGCCUAUGAUCGAUAUCAAAAAAUGUUAUUGUGCUAGAAAACAUCCUCAAAUCUUAGCAGAUAGUGCAACAGAGGAAGAAAUUAAAUCUGCAUUUCUAGAAACACUGAAAGAUGCCUGCAGCAAUCCCCAUGAAGUUUCAUUCUCUGAAUUUGAGGAUUAUUAUGAAGGAUUAAGUAUUGGAAUUAUGGAUGAUGAAGAUUUUGUUAAUACAUUAAGGAAUCCUUGGGGAAUUUAAAAGUGAAGGAAAUAACACAUUGACAGUAACAUCUAGCUUGAGAAAUCAAAUACUAGAAUUUGAGACAUACUAGCCUUUGAAUGAUAAUUUAAUUGAUUGACCUGAAUAGUUUAAAGAUAAUAUGGUAAACAUUUGAAAUGUUGUUUGUUCAAAUCCAUACAUAUAAACGUAUGUAUUUCCUAUAAGUGCAGUCUUUACAUACUUUUGGAUCAAAUUAUAACAUUUUUCUGCAAGUCAAAGUACUACUAGAACAACAUUCUAGAUAAAGAAGUGUAAAGUUUUCUAAAUCUGUGAACUGUAAAACUUAUAAAAGUAUAUAAGUAAUAAAAAAUAUGAGAGAGAUAUAAUUGAUACAUUCUUGAUAGUCUUAACUGAAGUACAGCCAUUAAACCAGUGGGAUUAACACAAGUGUAGAUUCACCAUUCAACUGUUGAUUCAAUAAAUUUAUCCUAUUGAUAGGAUUUAGGCCUAUGAUGUAUGUUUUAGUGAAUUUGUAUAGAUUUAGCCAUGUUUACUUGUUAGCAGAGCACAUAUACAAAUGUGCUGGUUCUAUUGUAAUCCUCUACCUUUCUCUGACAUUCCAUGCUACAAAAUUUAUCUGCAACUUCUCAGUUACCCUAGUUGUAGGUUCUUCCAGUAUCAUACAAAUUUUUUUAUUUAUAUGUUCCUUGUGCCUUUUAAAAGACUACCUUGAAAGAUAAUCUUGUUGCAGAUAAUCCAGGAGAGUCUUGCUAUAGCAGCUAGACUGUAGAAAAAAAAAAAAAAAACUGGACAAUGAGUUACAUAGUUAAGAGUAACUAUUCUCAUAACCUUUUUAAAAAAAUUUUUUUAGUUCACUAGAUUCUCUGUUUAGAUUUUAAAAACAGUUUCUUGAUUAUUGUUAGAUUUACUCCUAUACCUUACCU